UUGGCUUUGGGGAGGAUUUUUUUUUUUUGGAGGGGGGAUGUUCAGGAUUUUUAUUUUGCAACCUUUUCUCUUUGGUGUAGGAGCCCCUAUUUUCAGGAGACUUCUGUGCCCCGUACUCACAUCUGCCCAAUGUCUAAUUCCCUGCCACUACCUCCUCAGGCCUGGUUGACUUUGGAGAAGGAACUUUUUGAGGGAACAUACUCAGGAUUUUUAAAAAAGUUUUUGUAUCCCUUCCUCCUUUAAACAGAAGUCCUCUGACCUUGCUCUGUGGGUUUUAUGCCCUCCUCCCACUGAGGACUAUCUUAUUCCCCUCUCCACACCCUCCCCUUCCAUUUCUGAGCAGAUCCAGCCUUCCCCAGAUGUCCCACCAUUAGGAAGUUCUGCAUAAAGUCUCUCUCUCACCCUUCUUGCUAAGUUCAUGGCUUAGUCUCUAAUUUUUAAGAAGACUUGGGCAUCACGCCAUCUGUUCUGAACUUAUUCACCUCUUCCUCCUCAGGCUUCAGUGUCCGUUGUGGGAAAAUAGAUCUUAGCUUAGACAGGGACACAUGUAGGCAGGAUACUAGGGGCCUGGGCUCCCGGCUAGGCCUGGACAUUGCUAUGGGAGAAAAAUAGGCAUCUGAGGCCCAAAAUAGGCAUCCGAGUUGCAAUGGGAAGGGAAGAGCCCAGGGGAGGUCUUGACUUGAGGAUGUUCAGCUGUAGGAGGCAGAGGAGGGGUAGUGGCAGGGAAUCCAGUGGGAAUAGGGUACUCAGGUCCUUACACACCCUGCUUCCCCCAGAGGACAAAAAGCCUUGGCUUUUUCAAGGAGAAUUAAGAGAAAGAAAAUUGUGACCACCUAGGAAAUGAUAGGCCUUCAGAGGGAGGAUGUUUUAGCCAAGUGUAACUCAAGUCUAGUAACAGAUUGGCAUGCUUGGCAUCACUCACAGGGCAUUCAGCCCAAUUUCUUUCCCAGUUCCCAAGCCCCAUCUUGCCUGAACUUUGGGGAACAGGAAUGUGUCUGCCCCCAAGGCUGGAUGGCAAGUGGGACAGACUCAUCCUGAAUGGCCAAGUGCAUGAUGCAGACCAAAGUGGGGCUAGGACAGGGAUGGUGAUAGGACAGAGGACGAUGUGAUAUGCAUGGGCAGGGUUGGGGUGCCUUGGCUGCUCAGAGGUCCUCCCCAGAUGGAGCAUCUUGGGGCUGUGAUAGGGGUUGGAUGAUGGACAGGAGUGAGGCUGGACUGGGUGAGCUCAGUUGUCCCAAGUCAGGGGGUUGGCGGAGCUGGGGGUUUUGGCCUGUCCACAUCUAGGAUCUGCUCUGAUGGGGGAAAGGGGAGCGCUUGAGCAGACCUUCCUCCUGGGGCUCUGUAAUUAACCAGGAAAGUGUCUGUGCAUAGGAUCUUGUCAUCACUUGAUACUUAUCACACUCCCUGCCCCUAAGGCUGAGUCUGAGGUUCCCUUUUGUUAAGUGCAGGACCAGAGACUUUGGAAAGGCCAGAGCCACACAGCAGGGCAGGAUCAGAGGCCAUCUAGGAAACUUAGGUAUCCUAGGUCUCCCAGACUUGGCUAAGGAUCAAGUUACGGGAGAGUUAAAGGCCAAAGGUGCACAGCGAAGACCCCGGUGGGGAGAGGCUGUGGGCUCUGAAGGUUGAGCAGAAGGCAGAACACUGUCCCCUCCCUGACCCUCCACCAGGCGGGACCUUUAGGGAUGGGGGCAGUGAAGAGGAUCCUGGGAGGGGACCAGAGGUUGGACUCCAAGCCACAGCCCCUCCCCCGGCCUCCACCAGGCUGUCUAACCUCCCUCCCUCCUGCUGCAACCCGAGUCCCGGGCGCCGGGCCGGCGUAUCGGGUGACCGCGGCGACGCAGCCACCAGCCUCCGCCGCUCCUCUGCGGGGCUGCGCCGGCGGGGCCGCGCCGAGGGAGGGGGCCGCGAGAGGGGAUGUGCACGGCGGCGCGCCGCGCCGCGCCAGGUGGAGUCGCGGUUACCGGGGCGACCGGGGCCCGGGCCGGCACGGCGGCGGCCGCGGCGGCUCUCGCAUUGCAGCAAAGGGCACCGGCGGCGGCGGCCGCGGCUGCGGAGGCGGCUGGGGGAGAGAAGAGCCCGGGCGGGUGGGAGUAGGGGCCCUCCCUCCCCAGCCGGACGCAGGACCUGGGGCUGGGGACCCCGCACGUACACCUGUGGCCGCAGCAGCCAAACUACUGGAGUUUCAAGACCCGCAGCUCACGCCACACUCAGGGAGCCCAGCCCGGGCUGGCAGACCAGGCGGCAAAGCUGUCGUACGCCUCGGCCGAGUCGCUGGAGACCAUGUCGGAGGCCGAGCUGCCCCUGGGCUUCAGCAGGAUGAACCGCUUCCGACAGAGCCUGCCUCUCUCCCGCUCGGCCAGCCAGACCAAGCUGCGCUCCCCAGGGGUGCUGUUCCUGCAGUUCGGGGAGGAGACUCGGCGCGUGCACAUCACGCACGAGGUCAGCAGCCUGGACACGCUGCACGCACUCAUCGCGCACAUGUUCCCGCAGAAGCUCACCAUGGGCAUGCUUAAGUCGCCCAAUACCGCCAUCCUCAUCAAAGACGAGGCUCGCAACGUCUUCUACGAGCUGGAGGACGUCCGGGACAUCCAGGACCGCAGUAUUAUCAAGAUCUACAGAAAGGAGCCCCUCUAUGCUGCCUUCCCUGGCUCACAUCUCACCAAUGGGGACCUCCGGAGAGAGAUGGUGUACGCAUCGCGGGAGUCGUCGCCCACGCGGCGCCUCAACAACCUGUCGCCAGCGCCGCACCUGGCGUCCGGCUCGCCGCCGCCCGGGCUGCCGUCGGGGCUGCCAUCCGGGCUGCAGUCCGGUUCGCCGUCGCGCUCGCGCCUCUCGUACGCCGGGGGGCGCCCGCCCUCGUACGCCGGCAGCCCGGUGCACCACGCGGCCGAGAGGCUGGGAGGCGCCCCGGCCGCCCAGGGCGUCAGCCCCAGCCCCAGCGCCAUCCUGGAGCGGCGAGACGUGAAGCCAGACGAGGACCUGGCGAGCAAGGCGGGCGGCAUGGUGCUGGUGAAAGGCGAGGGCCUCUAUGCUGACCCCUACGGGCUGCUGCACGAGGGCCGUCUGAGCCUGGCCGCGGCCGCCGGCGACCCGUUCGCCUACCCGGGCGCCGGCGGCCUCUACAAGCGCGGCUCGGUGCGCUCGCUCAGCACCUACUCGGCCGCCGCGUUGCAGUCCGAUCUGGAGGACUCCCUGUACAAGGCGGCGGGCGGCGGCGGCCCGCUGUACGGCGACGGCUACGGCUUCCGCCUGCCGCCUUCGUCACCGCAGAAGCUGGCCGACGUGGCAGCGCCCCCCGGAGGCCCCCCGCCGCCGCACAGCCCCUACUCGGGGCCGCCCAGCCGCGGCUCGCCAGUGCGCCAGUCCUUCCGCAAGGACUCGGGCUCCUCGUCCGUCUUCGCCGAGAGUCCUGGAGGGAAGACCCGCAGCGCGGGGAGCGCCUCGACGGCCGGAGCCCCCCCUUCGGAGCUCUUCCCUGGGCCUGGGGAACGCUCGCUGGUUGGGUUCGGGCCGCCAGUGCCAGCCAAGGACACGGAGACCAGGGAGCGCAUGGAGGCCAUGGAGAAGCAGAUUGCCAGCCUCACAGGCCUGGUGCAGAGCGCCUUACUGCGAGGCUCUGAGCCUGAGACCCCCAGCGAGAAGAUUGAAGGCUCCAAUGGAGCAGCCACCCCCUCAGCACCCUGUGGGUCAGGCGGCCGGAGCAGCGGGGCCACCCCGGUGUCCGGCCCGCCCCCGCCCUCGGCCAGCAGCACCCCUGCAGGGCAGCCUACCGCCGUUAGCCGGCUGCAGAUGCAGCUUCACCUGCGAGGCCUGCAGAACAGCGCCAGUGACUUGCGCGGCCAGCUCCAGCAGUUGCGCAAGCUCCAGCUACAGAACCAGGAGUCGGUGCGCGCGCUGCUGAAGCGCACGGAGGCAGAGCUGAGCAUGCGCGUGUCGGAGGCGGCGCGGCGGCAGGAGGACCCUCUGCAGCGGCAGCGCACCCUGGUGGAAGAGGAGCGGCUGCGUUAUCUCAACGACGAGGAGCUUAUUACCCAGCAGCUCAAUGACCUGGAGAAAUCGGUGGAGAAGAUCCAGAGGGACGUGUCCCACAACCACCGGCUGGUGCCCGGCCCUGAGCUGGAGGAGAAGGCACUGGUGCUGAAGCAGCUCGGGGAGACGCUGACAGAGCUCAAGGCUCACUUCCCGGGCCUGCAGAGCAAGAUGCGGGUGGUGCUUCGCGUGGAGGUGGAGGCGGUGAAGUUCCUGAAGGAGGAGCCCCAGCGCCUGGAUGGGCUCCUCAAGCGCUGCCGCGGGGUCACGGACACGCUGGCCCAGAUCCGAAGGCAAGUGGAUGAAGGUGUGUGGCCACCCUCCAACAAUCUCCUGAGUCAAUCCCCCAAGAAAGUGACGGCAGAGACUGACUUCAACAAGAGCAUGGACUUCGAAAUGCCACCCCCCAGCCCCCCGCUGAACCUGCAUGAGCUGAGCGGGCCAGCUGAAGGAGCCUCUCUUACCCCCAAAGGGGGCAACCCCACCAAAGGCCUGGACACUCCUGGCAAGAGAAGCGUGGACAAAGCUGUGUCUGUCGAGGCUGCAGAGCGAGACUGGGAGGAGAAGCGGGCAGCCCUGACCCAGUACAGUGCCAAGGACAUCAACCGGCUGCUGGAAGAGACACAGGCAGAGCUGCUCAAGGCCAUCCCUGACCUGGACUGUGCCAGCAAGGCCCAUCCAGGCCCGGCCCCCACUCCAGAUCACAAGCCCCCCAAGGCCCCCCACGGCCAGAAGGCAGCCCCCCGAACGGAGCCCAGUGGGAGGAGGGGCUCAGAUGAGUUGACAGUGCCCCGAUACCGCACGGAGAAGCCCUCCAAGUCGCCCCCGCCGCCCCCUCCCCGCCGGAGCUUCCCCUCCUCCCACGGCCUGACCACCACACGCACCGGAGAGGUGGUGGUCACCAGCAAGAAGGACUCGGCCUUCAUCAAGAAGGCCGAGUCCGAGGAGCUGGAGGUGCAGAAGCCCCAGGUGAAGCUGCGCCGGGCUGUGUCCGAGGUGGCCCGCCCGGCCUCCACACCACCCAUCAUGGCCUCGGCCAUCAAGGACGAGGAUGACGAGGAUCGCAUCAUCGCAGAGCUAGAGGUGUUUGAGAGAAGCUCAGUGUCUUCCCUCCCCCCCACGCCCCGCCGCCAGCUGAUCCCCACCUUGCUGUCCCCCCAGGACCUGGGGUCCCCCGGGGGCUCAGCCCCAGGCCCUACACGGAAGAGUGGCGGAGGCAGUGUACCACCCAUGAAGGUGGUGACUCCGGGGGCCUCUCGGCUGAAGGCGGCCCAGGGCCAGGCGGGCAGCCCCGACAAAAGCAAACAUGGCAAGCAGAGGGCCGAGUACAUGCGGAUCCAGGCCCAGCAGCAGGCCACUAAACCAUCUAAAGAGAUGAGCGGGUCGAAUGAGACCUCGAGCCCAGUCUCAGAAAAGCCCUCGGCUUCCAGAACCUCUAUCCCUGUAUUGACUUCCUUUGGGGCAAGGAAUUCUUCCAUCUCCUUCUAGAAGCCCCUCACCCCGCUGCCCCGCCUGUCCCCCUCCCUCACUCCUGCCAUUUCUCCCCUCUCUUCCCUUCAUCUCCACCCCACCCACCCUACUCUCCAGACCCCCUGAGGGGUGUGCCCUGAAGAGGAGGGUGCGGCCCUCCUCAGCUCCCUCUACCCAUCAUCUGUUGGUGUUUUUGGUUUUUUUUUUUUUUUUUAACAAUUCACUUUUAAUUAUCUUUUUUUAAACAGUAAAACUAAAAACCAAACACACCACUUUCCUUGAUCUGUUCCCAGCUGGCCUCUCGCUGGCCGCACCUGUCACGUCUCUCCCUCUUCUCUUUCACCACUCUUUUCCCCUAGUCCAUCCCGAAGCUCCUGCACCCCCUUCCCACCUUCCCCUCACUUCCCAAGAAUACUCCAAACAAACUCUGAACCACGGAGACUUGGAGCAGUGGGAGACCCCUCUCCUGUUUCUCGGUACCUCCCUGGAGGAACACGGGGACAUCGGACCAACCCAUACAUCAAGCCGGAGAGCAGGGCUCAGGGAGACUGGCCUUGGAGACGCCCCAUUCCCUGUCUAAGCUCGGACAAGACUGUGACUUUCUCUGUGGCUGCUCUGCCUCCUCCCACUCACACCCCAGUGGGCCUGGAGUAGAGACGGACAGGCUGGAGACGAGGCCGGAGUCUGAGAGGCCUCAGGGUGGGUGUGAGGCCAUGGAGUCUGUGUCCCUGGGGAGGCGCUGGCCUCCUGGGCCUCGCGGUCCAGUGGGGAGUGGAGGGCAGAGGCCCUUUGGUCUGCUGGCUGUGGAGGGUGGGUCGCACGGACAGCCGGACAUCGGGGACACUGCCUUGGGAGAGGGCGGCCCGGACGGGUAUUUGGUACUUUUAGUUUCCUGAUUUAGCACUUUAAAUGGCAUUAACUUAUUUAAUGGGGGUGGGGUGGGCAAGAAUGAGGGGCCUAGAAAACCAGGUUUUGUGGCUUGCAGUUGGGGGAAGGGUCUGGUUUGAGGGAAAUGGGAGGGUGGAGAGAGGCUUGACGGGGAGCACUGAAGACACCUGGGACCUGCAGGUGGGGUGACUUGACCUUCAGUCAUCCUCUUGGCGAUUUGAGGGUUUUCCGGGAAAGGAUGAGACAGUUUUUCAGUGGGGCUCUGGUGACCCUGGUGAGAUGUCUGAAGGUCCCUGAGGCCUGACCAUCCAGCCAGCGCCCCUGGCCUGUGGACGCCCUGCCUGCCCUGCAGAGGCGGUUGGCAGUGCCGCCUGGCUUUUGGCCGGGUCCUGGGGAGGCAGAGAGAGGCCAAUUUUGGUUCUCACUCCUGGCUUCCCAGAGGGCACAGUGAGGAGCCAGUAGGGAGAGGAUAGGAGAAGAGGAGGAGGAGGAGGAGCGGGGUCCCCGGCAGCAGGAUUCCCACUUGGAGCACAAAGUGAAGUAAGCACAGGGGAGGGGGACUAGAAUCAGUCCCCCCCAGCAAGCACAGAAAGGAGGAGCUGCGCAGAAGGCAGAGCCCCCCAGCCCCUGGGGCCUGGCUGGGGAAGGUCCGCACCUGGGGAGAGCCGGGAGCUGUUGAAAGUUUGGGGGGAGGGGAAACUGGGGUUGUGUUUCUUCAUUUCUUUUUUUGUUUUUGCCUUUGUUGGUUCAUCCUUGUUUUCUAGCUUUGGAUCAUUUUUGUACCAAGGCGAGCAAGCCUUUUUGAAAAAUAACAAAAGAGGAAAAAAAAAUCCCUCCUGAAAAAAAACCCUGGAAAAUAGAAAAAAAAAGGACCUCAUAAAUGAUGCAAUUACUUUUAAUUGCAGGCAACUCUUUACAUUUAAGUGAAGUGUCUUAACAUUUUAUAUUGUUUUAAAAAUAUAUUUACAUAUUAUAUAUAUAAUAUACGUAAUAUAAAUAUAUAUAAAUAUUUAAAAAAGAAAAAAAAAAAAAACCACGGCACUCUCCCUGGCCACUGUUUUGGCGGGGGAGGGGGGCUGGGGGGCGGGCACGUCGGCCUGGCUUCUGUGGUCCCAGUGAAAUGGUCUGGUUUGAUUUGGCUGUACAGAGACCCCCUGACUUGGGAGGGGAGGGGGGAGUGGUGCCCCCUCCUCCCCCCACUCCAUUACUCUCUGCUUGCUACUUCGCUUGCCCCCAGCUCUCACCCUCAGCCCUGUGACUGGAAUGUGUGCCCCACCGUCAUUGUCCAGAGUUGAAUGUCCCUUUGUGGGGGAGGUGGGGGGGCAGUGUCCAUCCAUGAAGGGGCAGAAGGAGGGAGCCACGUGCCCCGAUCCACCUGCUCAGGUGAAGCCCAGUGGGAUUUGCUUCUUUCUUUCCCUUUGGUUCCUGCACAUUUAUGGGCUGGGAGGCAUCCGUGUGGAAUCGCGUGCAGCCUGUGUGUGUGCUGGCACGAGCCCAUGCACUGUGCGUGCAGACACAUGGGGCCUGCACCCACAGGCAUGGCCGAGCACAUGUGUGGGGGAAGGCGUGGGCACAUAGGUGCAUGUAACAUGUUUGGGCAUUGGCACGUGCCUACCUGCAUGUUAGCGUGAGAGGAGCUUUGCGUGUGACAACAUGUGUAAUGUGUGUGCAGACAUGUCUAGCGCCAGAGACUUGUGUGUGGGCCACGUACAUGUGGACAGAGACGCGUACCUGGAGGUGCAUGUGAUCUGUGUCUGCGAGUGUGUGUGUGCACGUAUGUGUGCUGGUGCAGACCCAGGUGUGUGGGUGUGCCUCUGUGUGCGUGUGUUCCAUCAUCCCUGCACCACUGGCUCCAGCUCCCUUCCUCAGCCCCCAUCCCCACUGGCCCUCUCACAGCCUGCAGCACGUCAGUGCGCCCAGCUGCAUGCGCCUCGCUGCUCUGUCCAUCAGUGUGUGCUUAACCAAGAGAAAACUAAGACAUCUCGGGGGACCCCUGUACCUGGUCCUCUCAGCCCCCGCCCACUGUGCUGUGUUACUCGCAUGGGGGAUUUCCUGCCCCUUCCACAAUAUGCUGUUUCCCCAGGAGCCUCAGGCCUGAGGCUCUGAGUGGGGCCCCCAGGGGGCCCCCCGGGGUGAGCCCCGGCUCCACACCCUGCCCCAUCCACCCUGUAGGGCCCAUGUUGGUGUAGCAGUGAUGGCUUCUGUGGAUAUUCUGUGACCUCUGUCAGUGUAACUUGACAAUUUCUAAAUGGAAAAGGGUUGCUGUGUUUUCUCUGUCUCUCUUUUUUAAUGUCCUUUUUUCUUCUCCCCACCUCCCUGCUCUCUUUCCUUUUCAGUUUUUCUAGCCAAGUGUUUGGGGCUUUAAUAAAACUUGUUUCUUUUUCCUCUCCUGGAUCUCCUUC